AUCUCAAGCUUCAGAUAGCGGAGAUUUGGGUAACGGGAGCCCAUCACUAACAUGAACAACAAAGGGAGUCAGCUGUUGGUCAUCGCACUUCUUGCAGUUGUAUCAUCAGUGUAAUUCGAAGCUGUAUAGAUAACGUACAAACGCCUGAAGUUGAGAAAAGUGUUUUGUAACUUGGUUGACGUUGACAGCAGACAUCCGUUUUAUCAAGACAUCAUCACAUGCUCAUAACAAUAAACAACACAACAGACGCGGCAUAUCUGCGGAGUGACGAGCUAGCAGGCUAACUAGCUCGUCAAGAAGACAGAAGACAUGAGCAACCUUGUAUUUUGGAACCAGCUGCAGGCUGGCAGCUCCGAAGUAGAUUGGUGUGAGGGAAAUUACCUGAUUUAUCCAGGGAUUGCGGAGUUUUACAACACGAUCAGCAACGUAUUGUUUUUUAUUUUGCCACCUAUUUUAAUGUGCUUGUUUCGCCAGUACGCCACGCAUUUCAACAGUGGGAUAUAUCUAAUAUGGACCCUGCUGGUUGUGGUCGGUAUCGGAUCCACGUACUUCCACGCCACCCUGAGCUUCCUGGGCCAGAUGCUGGACGAGCUGGCUAUCCUCUGGGUGCUGAUGUGUGCCAUCGGCAUGUGGUUUCCCAAGAGAUACCUGCCAAAGAUCUUUCGCAAAGACAGGUCCCGCUUUAAAGUGGUCAUCGGCAUUCUCUCAGGGGUCACCACCUGCUUGGCUUUUGUCAAGCCUGCCAUUAACUCCAUUUCCUUGAUGACCCUGGGCAUCCCUUGCACUGCACUGCUCAUCACAGAACUCAAGAGGUGUGAGAAUCUGCGUGUGUUCAAGCUGGGGCUGCUGUCAGGGCUGUGGUGGACCCUCGCCCUGCUCUGCUGGAUCAGCGACCGGAUCUUCUGCGAGAUGUGGUCCUCCGUCAACUUCCCCUACUUGCACUGCGCAUGGCACAUUCUCAUCUGCCUGGCCUCCUACCAGGGCUGUGUGUGUUUCGCCUACUUCGACGCUGCCGCGGAGGCGCCCGAGCAGGGGCCUGUCAUUAAGUUCUGGCCCAACGAGAAGUGGGCCUUCAUCGGGGUGCCCUACGUCUCCCUGCUGUGUGUCCACAAAAAGUCCUCCAUUAAGGUGACGUAACGGGACCCGCUGAGGACUCCUAGUGCCGCGACGAAUCUCUUUUUAAACGAACGCAAGUUGCCCCGAAGCACAGGGGUGUGGAGGGCAGUGAAUGUGUAGCAGUUCCAUUGAGGGACUCUGAAGGAUGCUCUCUGAAGGAUGUGUUGUUAUCGAAUGAAGGCUUAAAAUGUUUUCUAUGUAUCAUGUCAGGAUUUGCUCCACUGGUGACUUGAGUGGGACCACGGUAUGAGCUCUGGAGUGAACAAUGUUGAUGUCAAUGCAAACCUAAAGAUUGCUCAGUGCUUCCACCUGUGAACAGUCAGAAGCUCAUUCAUUGACACUCCUGCAAUAAUAAUUAUCUGGUAAUUUCAAAACAGCUCUUUCUGGUGGAACUUUACAUUUCCGCUGUCCAGCACAAGCAUUUCUGCUGUUUAACACCCACUCUGUAAAGGAGGUGUAUUUACUUUUCAUUUAAUUAGUUAGAUUAAUUAGUCAGAUUUUAGUAGUAGUUAAUCUGGAAUUUUAUGAGUUAUCAAGAAUGUUAACUUAUGCUUUUUAAUGGUUCCGGAACAAAAAAUAGAGGCCUCUGUUUUUUUUUUUUUUACCAAAUUCAUUGCUCAGGUUCUGCCAAUUACCAUGUUUUGUAACUCGAGUAUCAAAGACUAACCAGUGGAUUGGCCUGUGCCACCAAUAUCAUGCUUUUAAAUCAGGUGUCAUCUGUUUACGAAUACACAGUGGCUGGUCAGAUGCCUGCCUAUCAAGCCUACAAAGUUGGUUGAACAAUGGACAGAUUAAACAAUUGAGUGGCUGAGAUAAGUGCAAGCAAUUAUAUUUUUUGCACCUCAAUAUUCCCAAAGGGGUGCAACUGUCUUUCAUUUGACAUGGUGUAAAUUGUGUUUUCCACUGUUCUUGAGCCAUAAGGAAUAACAGUGAUUAUUUUUAUGUUUAAAGGGAAAAUAUAUUCUACAAUGCAACUUAAUUUAUUGCUUUGACUUUUUCAUGUGUACAUCAUGUGACUGGCUUUUGUGCCGUUGUAAGUUAUUUGGACUGGGAGAGAGGCGUGUUACCCUGGGAAGGCACAGUCACUGGCUACUUGUUCACCGUUUCACCUUUUGUGUUAUUCUGCAAAAGCCAGCCGUUUGAGUCUGAAAAUGUUUGCUGUAUUUAGUAGUCAGCACUCAUUUGGUUUAAAUGUAAAAGGUAUGCAAAGCGCUGAGCGCACAUGAGGGCCCUUCGAGCAGCUGGUUUACAUGGCAUCACUUAAUAUGUACAGCUGUACCCCUCUGUUUUACGUUCUGCUGAGCGACGAGCACUUGGAGGGACUAAGAAAUGGGUUUACUUUUUUUAAACCCUCGCAGCGAGGAGAUGUCACAGGAGACGUUGUGGUAGACUUCCCUGCAGGUAUGAGCAGGAGUGGGACGAACAGCAGACUUUACCUGUUCAACCUCCCCUGCACCCUUCUGUGUACAGCUAUGCCAGGAAAACGGGCCAAAGGCUGUGAUCUCUUUGUCUCUCUCUCUCUGUGGUGAAGACUCAUUGGUAGGUUGCACAGAAACUAUUUAUUUUCAUCAUUU